AUGAUUUUUUUUACAAUUGUCGCAAGUUUGGGUAAUUUAAAAUUUGAAGAAAUGAAUAAUGUUAGAAGUGAUUAUGUACCACAAUCUUCAAGAUCAAGACUUGAAUAUGAUGUUGCUAAAGAAUUUUUAAAACAAAAUGGUUCUAUGGAUCCAUGUUAUGUUUUAAUAACAGCUAAAGAUGGUGGUUCAUUAAUGAGAAAUGUUUUUAGAGAAUCAUUAUUUAAUUUAACUAAAAAGAUACAAGAUAAUAUUACUGUAUAUUUUAAUGAUAAAGAAUAUUCAUAUCAUGAUUUAUGUCAUCCAUACUGUGAAUUAAAUACAGCUUUUAUGGCUUUUUUAAAAAUUUUUGAUGAAAAUAAUCCUGAUACAUAUACUUAUCCAUCUAUUCAUAUGUUUGGUACAAAAUUUUUUAUUGGUAAUAAUGUUUAUGGUAUUAAAUUAAAAAAUAAUACAAAUCAAUUAGAAAGUUUUGAUACAGCAAUGUUUUUAUUAUUUAUUGUAGCACCAAAUAAUAAUACAAAUAUUCUUAUUGAAUGGGAAAAACAAAUAUUAAAACUUUUUAAUGAUGAAAAUUUUACAAGAUAUCUUAAAAUUGGUAUGACUGGUGAUUUACUUGUUUCAAGUGAAAUAAGAAGAAUGGGAUUAGAAACAGCACCAAUACUUAUUGGAUCUGUUGUAGCAAUGAUUAUUUUUGUUACAAUAUUUUCAUUUAGAUAUUAUAAAAUUGAAAAUAAACCAUGGGAAUCAUUAAUUGGAUGUUUAAUUCCAAUCAUUGCAUCAAUAUCAUCAAUUGGAUUAUUAUCAGCAUUUAACAUUAAAUUUCAAUCAAUUGUUGUUGCAUCAUUAUUUUUAGUACUUUCUGUUGGUGUUGAUGAUAUAUUUAUAAUAACAAGAGCAUGGGAUAGAGCAAAAGCAACUAAAGAUAUUUCAUCAAGAAUGGCUUUAACAAUUGAAGAUGCCGGUCCAUCAAUUACAAUAAGUGCAUUAACAAAUAUAAUGUCAUUUGCCAUUGGUGCUUUAACUGAUACUCCUGCUAUAAAAACAUUUUGUAUAUACUCAGCUGUGGCAAUUUUUAUAUGUUAUUUAUAUCAAUUAAUUCUUUAUUCAUCAAUUUUAGCACUUAGUGGUAUAAGAAUACAAAAAAUGUAUAGUCCUUUCUUAUUAUGUUUAAAAAUCGAUCCAUUAAAAACAUCACAUACAAUAAAAUAUUUCUCAGAUAUUCAUGACAAAAUUGUUAAUAGAUGGGGUGUAUUAGUAACAAAAUGGUAUACAAGAAUAAUAAUAGGAUUUACAAUUAUUAUAUAUUUUUAUAUAUCAACUAUUGGUAUAUUAAAAUUAGAAACAAAUAAUUCAAUUGAUAAAAUGGCAUUACCAGAUUCAUAUAUAAAACAAUUUCAAAAACAAUUUGAAAAAGCUGCAAGUUCAAUGCAACCAAUAUCUAUAUUUGUUAAAAAUCCAGGUGAUUUACGUAAUUCUACAAAUAUGCAAAGAAUAAAAAGUCUUGUUAAAGAAUUUGAAAAUGCAAAAUAUAGUUAUGGUGAAGAAUCAACAUUUUUUUGGCUUACACCAUAUGAAGAAUUUUUAUCAUUUUAUUCAGAUAGUGAAGAAUUUACCUAUACAGAAUUACCAGCAUUUUUUAAAAGUGGAACAUAUUUUUAUAUGAAAACAUUUGUUCAUUAUAAUGAAAGUGCAUGUUUAGAUAAUAGCCCAGAUUGUAUUACUGCAUUUUUCUUUAUUACAAAUUUUCAUAAAGUUAUUAAAUAUCAUGAAUUAGUUCCAGCUGUUCUUGAUUGGAGAAGAAUUGCAGAUAAAUAUAAAGAUUUAGAUGUUUAUCCAUAUAGUGAUCAUACACCAUUUGUUGAUCAAACACUUUCAAUUAAUAAUAAUAUAUUUGGUAGUAUUGCUGCAGCAUUAAUAUGUACAGCUAUAAUUUGUAUUAUAUUUAUUCCUCAUAUUCCUAGUGUUAUUUCUGCUGUAUUUUCUGUUUUUAGUUGUAGUUAUGGUAUAUUUGGUUUUUUAUCAUUGUGGAGUGUAGAUUUAGAUCCUCUUAGUAUGGCAGCAUUAUUAAUGGCAAUUGGAUUUUCAGUUGAUUUUACAUCUCAUAUAAGUUAUCAUUAUUAUAAAUCAAAUUAUGAGUAUCCAAGACAAAAAAUACAAGAUGCAUUAGGAGUAAUUGGUUUACCAAUGAUACAAGUUGGUAUUUCUACAAUAAUAGCUUUAAUUCCAUUACUCUUUAAACAGUCAUAUUUAGCUAUGGUAUUUUUAAAAACAAUUAUUGUUGUUGUCGUUCUAGGAAUGUGGCAUGGUCUUGUAAUUUUACCAGCUAUUUUAACUUUUGUAACAAAAUACAAAAAAACAGAAGGAUCAAUAAGUAAUAUAUCACAUUUAUCAGAAUCUGAGAGAAGUUCACAAAGAAUUAAUAAUGAAAAAAAUACAUUUUAUAAGGAACAAAAUAUUUCAAAUACUUUUACUAAUAAAUUUUCAACGAAAACAAAUUUUGAUGACGAAAAUGUAAAUAAACACUCUAAAAAUAAUAACUUUUCAAACAACAUAAGUAAUUCAUCAAAUUUUGUGCAUAAAAUUCAAUUAAAUGGAAAUAUUUCAAUAAGUAAUUAA